GUUCAACUGCUUUCGCUAGAUACAUAACGCUAAGCCCUAGCUAACCUAAUGAUUGCAAGCAGUGAGGAGGUUAUGGAUAAGAUACGCGAACGGUUGGCAGCGGGUGUCCUUUUCAUAGCCUGUGUUGAAUUUAUAAAGGCCUUGCAAUAGACGCUUAUAGUGUCUUUACGUAGCACGGGAUCGACCACUCCUUUUUCGGAUAAAGACCGAGCCAUGGCAAGCAUGCAUAACUCAAAGUCAGCCUUGCACGCACGCACUCGCCAGUCCAGCUAUGACUUAACCCAUAACACAUCGCGCUUUAAUCGCGCCGCUUGCCGGGCAGCAACCGGGAGGCUCCUGUCCAACCGCGCAGCAGCAGGAGGGCCCUCCUCCGGCGGCAACUCGCCUGCAGAUGACGAGCCCCCCAAACUGCCCUCCGGCAACGCGCUGGAAGCCACCAUUCGUCGCAAGCAGCGGGAGUUAGAGGCGGCGAUUCGCGAACUGGGUAUGGAGGCGCUGGAUGAACGGCUGCGUUCCGCCGCCCAGCUACCCGCCCGCCCGCCCUACCGCCUGGCCUCCCUGAUAGCGGAGGAGGUGCCGCAGGGUCGCCCCGUGCUGCUGUUUGAGGUCGCUCGCCCCGACCCCACCACCUCCUCCGCCCAGCUCGCGCAGCUGGCGGCCGCCUACGUGAGCCGCGGCGGCGCGGGGGCGCUGGCUGUGCGCACCGACUCCGCCGCCACCCCCGCCGGCCUGCGGGACCUGUUCAGUGUGACGCAGGCGCUGCCGCGGGUGCCGGUGCUGGCGCGAGACUGGCUGCUGCACCCGCUGCAGGUGUGUGAGUUCAAGGAGGCCGGGGCGGCGGGCGCCAUCGGCAUUGUCAACCAGGUCAGCGGUCGCGGCACGGGCCUGCUGAGCAGCUUCAGCGCGGCGCUGGGUCUGGAUGCGCCGGUGGAGGUGGUCAACACGCGCGAGGUGGAGCAGCUGGCGCAGCAGGGUGUGGUGUUCUACGCCGCCAACGUGGGGGUGGGCCUCACGCUGGCCGCCCCCGGACUGGCCGCGCAGGUGGCGGAGGGACUGCUGCGGGAGCUGCCGGCGGGGGCGAUCAGCAUGGUGGGUGUGCGGUCCGUGCAGGGGGCUGCUGCCGCCCGCCGCGCCGGCGCCGACUGCCUGCUGGUGAAGGCGGAGCUGCUGCACUCGUACGGCGAGGACGUGGCGGCGCUGGGGGCGGACCUGCAGUACGCGGUCAGCUUGGACGACUGACCCGCGGGUCGCUUGGCGAUUUUGGGGGGGAACAGUACAUGAGAAGUGAAGCGACUGGAGUUUGGGUGGGGGCAAAAAAGAAAGAAAUAUCAAGCUGCAAUUGAGGGAGGGGCAUGAUGGGGUGAAUAACAGUGUAUCAUCGUAAUGGGUCGGGGGUCGCCAUGCUGACUCCUGCAUGAGGUGCUGAUGGUGGGUGGGGAUGGCGGUUGACGUUAUCCGUGGUCGGUUGCGGUUAGGGGGGCGUCCACUGGUGACUUGAGGCGUCUAGUGUCUCACGCCUUGCAUUGAGCGACACCCGACAUGGUCCACGUUGGGGUGCGUGGCAGCUGGCAGCUGGAGGUGCCAGAUGGUACACGACACGUACUAACAGCCCUGUCAGUCUGUUACACACUCUGUUGC